UUGCUCUCUCUUAUUCUGUUCCAAGUCCCCUCUCCAUCCGUGUGGUGGACUGUUCUUGUGGGUCGAGUAAGAGACAGCCAGUGCUUGAGUCAGUGCUCCACGACUCUGAAGCUAGCCUCUUCGUUCCCUUCACAGUCUCUCCCCUGAUUCCUUCCAGAAAAGACAGGGCCAGAGUUCUUCUAGGGAAUUCGGCCACUCAACAUGGCGCCGAAGGAUGGCAAAGAAAAGGAUGACAAGAUGGAUAACCUCAAGAAGGAGCUGGAAUUGGAUGUGCACAAGGUUCCUUUAGAGGAGCUUUGUAAGCGUUUUGGGACCUGCACAACGAAUGGCCUGACCACCAAGCAAGCCAAAGCGAACUUGGAACGAGACGGUCCCAAUGCCCUCACUCCGCCUCCGACCACUCCAGAAUGGAUCAAGUUCUGUAAAAACUUGUUUGGUGGAUUUGCCCUUCUCUUAUGGGUUGGGGCAGGGCUUUGCUUUGUCGCUUAUUUCAUCCAAGCAACGACCUUUGAAGAACCUCCUGAUGAUAACUUGUACCUGGGAAUUGUUCUCACCGUGGUUGUGGUGGUCACUGGUGUGUUCUCCUACUAUCAAGAGUCCAAGUCCUCGAAAAUUAUGGAAUCCUUUAAGAAUAUGGUCCCACAAUAUGCUCUUUGUCUCCGAGACGGAGACAAGGUGACAAUCAAGGCUCAGGAGCUCACCCUUGGGGACGUGGUAGAAGUCAAGUUUGGCGAUCGAAUUCCGGCCGACAUUAGAGUAAUUGAGUCCCGAGGGUUCAAAGUGGACAACUCCUCUCUAACUGGCGAGUCUGAACCACAAUCCAGGUCCUCAGAAUUCACUCAUGAGAACCCAUUGGAGACCAAGAAUCUGGCAUUUUUCUCAACCAAUGCCGUGGAGGGCACUGCCAAAGGGAUUGUUGUCAAUAUUGGGGACAACACGGUAAUGGGCCGCAUUGCCGGAUUAGCAUCCGGGUUAGGCAGUGGUGACACCCCUAUUGCCCGGGAGAUUGCCCAUUUCAUCCACUUGAUUACGGGUGUAGCCGUGUUUUUGGGAGUCACUUUCUUCUUGGUGGCUUUCAUUUUGGGUUACCAUUGGUUGGAUGCCGUCAUCUUCUUGAUUGGAAUUAUCGUAGCAAAUGUCCCAGAAGGUCUUUUGGCCACCGUCACAGUAUGUUUGACCUUAACUGCCAAACGAAUGGCCUCCAAGAAUUGUUUAGUCAAGAACCUGGAGGCUGUAGAAACUCUAGGGUCGACCUCAACCAUUUGCUCAGACAAAACGGGUACCUUAACGCAAAACCGAAUGACAGUUGCGCACAUGUGGUUCGAUAACAAGAUCACUGAAGCAGAUACGUCCGAAGAUCAGAGUGGAACCAAAAUGAGCAAAGACUCGUCUGGAUUCAACGCCCUGGCCCGCGUAGCAGCCUUGUGCAAUCGGGCUGAAUUCAAACCUGGCCAGUCUGGCACGCCCAUUUUGAAGCGAGAGGUGAAUGGCGAUGCCUCCGAAUCAGCCAUUCUCAAAUGCAUGGAACUGACCAUGGGAAAGGUCAUGGAAUGUCGGGCGGCCAAUCCCAAAGUCUGUGAAAUUCCUUUCAACUCCACAAACAAGUAUCAGGUUUCGAUCCAUCAAACGAAGGACGAAGACAAGCGACAUUUAUUGGUUAUGAAGGGAGCUCCUGAGCGAAUUGUUCAACGAUGCUCAACAAUCUACAUCGAUGGAGAAGACGUGGAAAUGACCAAAGAGUGGGUCGCCAAGUUCAACACGGCCUACCUCGAGCUCGGUGGGUUGGGAGAGCGAGUCUUAGGAUUUUGCGAUUUCCGCCUACCGGAAGAACAAUUCCCCGAAGGCUUUCCUUUUGACCCCGAUGAGCCUGUCUUUCCAUUAGAAGGUCUUCGUUUCGUGGGCCUCAUGUCAAUGAUUGACCCUCCUCGUGCUGCCGUUCCUGAUGCUGUGGCCAAAUGCCGUUCAGCUGGAAUCAAGGUCAUCAUGGUAACGGGUGAUCAUCCCAUUACGGCGAAGGCCAUAGCCAAAUCGGUAGGCAUAAUCUCUGAAGGAAAUGAAACUGUUGAUGACAUUGCUGACCGGCUUGGCGUUCCCGUUUCUGAUGUCAAUCCCCGCGAUGCUCACGCUGCAGUUCUACAUGGAGGCGAGUUGAAGGAUAUCACCACAGAGGAGCUGGACGACAUCCUGAUGUACCACAACGAAAUUGUCUUUGCCCGCACUUCGCCUCAACAGAAAUUGAUCAUUGUAGAGGGCUGUCAACGAUUGGGUGCCAUUGUAGCUGUCACUGGAGAUGGUGUGAAUGACUCGCCAGCCCUAAAGAAGGCUGAUAUUGGUGUGGCUAUGGGUAUUGCCGGAUCUGACGUGUCUAAACAGGCCGCUGACAUGAUUCUUUUAGAUGACAACUUUGCAUCUAUUGUAACUGGGGUGGAGGAGGGCCGUCUUAUUUUUGACAAUCUGAAAAAAUCUAUCGCUUACACGUUGACCUCAAACAUCCCUGAGAUCUCACCCUUUCUAUUUUUCAUUUUGGCCGACGUUCCCCUUCCCUUAGGAACCGUAACAAUUCUAUGCAUCGAUCUUGGAACUGAUAUGGUUCCAGCCAUUUCCUUAGCGUAUGAAGAAGCCGAAGCUGAUAUUAUGAAACGGUUGCCCAGAAACCCCUAUACAGAUAAACUCGUGAACGAAAGAUUAAUCUCAAUGGCAUAUGGGCAGAUUGGUAUGAUCCAAGCAGCUGCAGGGUUCUUCACCUAUUUUGUUAUUCUGGCUGAGAAUGGGUUUUUGCCCCCUGAUGUGUUUGGCUUACGAAAGUAUUGGGAUUCCAAGGCCUACAAUGACUUAGAAGAUUCCUAUGGACAAGAGUGGACUUAUCACGAUCGCAAGAUCCUCGAGUACACUUGCCACACUGCUUUCUUUGUCUCCAUUGUCGUGGUCCAAUGGGCGGACAUAGUCAUUUGCAAGACCCGCAAGAACUCUGUAUUCCAGCAAGGCAUGAGCAAUUGGAUAUUGAACUUUGGAUUGGUCUUUGAGACCUGUUUGGCCAUUCUUCUUUCGUACACACCGGGCAUGGACAAAGGCCUGAAAAUGUACCCGUUGAAGCUGAACUGGUGGUUCCCAGCGCUGCCCUUCUCGAUCUUAAUCUUCGUCUAUGACGAAUGUCGAAAGUACAUCCUUAGGAAAUGCCCAGGUGGUUGGGUAGAAAUGGAAAAGGGAAAGAAAGGAAAGCCCAAAUUAGAUGAUCUCAAGAAGGAGUUGGAGGUUGAUGUCCACACAUUGACUGUGGAUGAUGUCUACCGCCGGUAUGGAACUAACCCAACGACUGGAUUAACCACUGCCCAAGCCAAAGCCAAUUUCGAGAGAGAUGGUCCAAAUGCCUUGACUCCACCGCCAACAACUCCGGAAUGGGUCAAAUUCUUGAGCGCCCUCUUUGGCGGGUUCGCCAUGUUACUUUGGCUUGGAGCUAUUCUAUGUUUCAUUGCCUACUCGAUUCAGGCGACUACCAUGGAGGAGCCUCCAGAUGAUAACUUGUACUUGGGUAUUGUCUUGACAGCUGUGGUGGUUAUUACCGGGGUGUUCUCGUACUACCAGGAAUCGAAGUCAUCCAAGAUCAUGGAAUCUUUUAAGAACAUGGUCCCCCAAUACGCUCUUUGUCUGAGAGAUGGGGACAAGCUAACCAUCAAGGCCGAGGAACUGACUUUGGGAGACAUCAUUGAGGUCAAGUUUGGUGACAGGAUUCCUGCCGAUAUCCGCGUGCUGGAGGCCCGUGGCUUUAAGGUUGACAACUCUUCUCUAACUGGAGAAUCUGAACCUCAAGCCAGAAGCCCGGAAUUCACGCAUGAAAAUCCCUUGGAGACCAAGAACUUGGCUUUCUUCUCGACCAACGCUGUGGAAGGAACUGCCCGAGGCAUUGUCGUCAAUAUUGGGGAUUACACUGUCAUGGGACGUAUUGCUGGUUUGGCCUCUGGUUUGGAGAGUGGAGACACGCCCAUUGCCAAAGAGAUUGCCCAUUUCAUUCACAUUAUCACUGGUGUGGCCGUGUUCUUGGGAGUCACCUUCUUCAUCAUUGCUUUCAUUUUGGGAUACCAUUGGUUGGAUGCUGUCAUCUUUUUGAUUGGUAUCAUUGUCGCUAACGUGCCAGAGGGUCUUUUGGCCACUGUCACCGUGUGCUUGACUUUGACCGCCAAGCGAAUGGCCUCCAAGAAUUGCUUGGUCAAGAAUUUGGAAGCUGUGGAGACAAUAGGAUCCACCUCAACCAUUUGCUCUGACAAGACUGGAACACUCACCCAAAAUCGAAUGACUGUCGCUCACAUGUGGUUUGACAAUCAGAUCGUCGAGGCUGAUACCUCCGAGGAUCAAUCUGGCGUUAGCAUGAACAAGGGAGCUCAAGGAUGGAAGUCUUUAUCCCGAGUUGCAGCCCUUUGCAAUAGGGCCGAGUUCAAACCAGGCCAAGAUGGGGUUCCAAUUUUGAAGCGAGAGGUCAAUGGCGAUGCUUCUGAAGCUGCUUUGCUCAAAUGUUGCGAACUGACAAUGGGCAAUGUCAUGCAAAUGAGGCAACGUAAUAAGAAGGUCUGCGAGCUUCCUUUCAAUUCCACCAACAAAUAUCAAGUAUCCAUUCAUGAGAGUGAAGACAAGAGUGACCCAAGAUACUUACUGGUAAUGAAGGGCGCACCUGAGAGAAUUUUGGCUCGUUGUUCCACUAUUUCCAUCAACGGCGAAGAUAAAAUAUUGGAUGAUGAUUGGAAGGAGGCGUUCAACAACUCUUAUCUUGAACUAGGAGGUUUGGGCGAGCGCGUUUUGGGCUUUUGCGACUUGAUGUUGGACAAGGAGAAGUAUCCGGAGGGAUAUCCUUUCGAUGCUGACGAUGUGAAUUUUCCCAUUGACGAUCUGCGAUUUGUCGGUCUUAUGUCCAUGAUUGAUCCUCCCCGUGCUGCCGUCCCCGACGCCGUGGCGAAGUGCCGAUCGGCGGGUAUCAAAGUUAUCAUGGUUACUGGUGAUCAUCCCAUCACUGCCAAGGCCAUUGCCAAAUCUGUCGGAAUCAUCUCUGAAGGAAAUGAGACUGUCGAAGAUAUCGCAUCCCGUUUGAACAUCCCCGUUGAAGAAGUCAAUCCUCGUGAGGCUCACGCGGCCGUUGUUCAUGGAGGAGAACUCAAAGACAUGACUCAAGAGCAACUUGACGAGAUUCUGAUGUACCACAGUGAGAUCGUAUUCGCCCGUACUUCUCCCCAACAGAAGCUGAUCAUUGUCGAAGGUUGUCAGAGAAUGGGAGCCAUUGUGGCUGUCACUGGCGAUGGUGUGAAUGACUCCCCCGCCUUGAAGAAGGCCGAUAUUGGUGUGGCCAUGGGUAUCGCCGGAUCAGAUGUGUCCAAGCAAGCCGCUGACAUGAUCUUGUUGGACGACAAUUUUGCCUCCAUCGUAACUGGCGUUGAAGAGGGUCGCUUGAUCUUUGACAACUUGAAGAAAUCUAUUGCCUACACUCUGACCUCGAACAUCCCUGAGAUUUCGCCAUUUUUGUUCUUUAUCUUGGCCGAUAUUCCCUUGCCGCUUGGAACUGUUACCAUUCUUUGUAUCGAUUUGGGAACCGACAUGGUACCCGCCAUCUCCAUGGCCUACGAAGAAGCUGAAUCCGAUAUCAUGAAGAGAAUGCCGAGAAAUCCAUUCACUGACAAAUUGGUCAACGAGCGAUUGAUUUCCGUGGCUUACGGAAUGAUUGGCAUGAUUCAAGCAGCAGCCGGGUUCUUUGUUUACUUUGUUAUCAUGGCUGAGAACGGCUUUUGGCCUUCUCAUUUGCUUGGACUCCGACGAGCUUGGGAUUCAUCCGCCGUCAACGAUCUGGAAGAUUCCUACGGCCAAGAAUGGACAUACAAGGAUCGCAAGAUCCUCGAGUACACUUGCCACACAGCCUUUUUCGUCUCAAUCGUGGUUGUACAAUGGGCUGAUUUGAUCAUUUGCAAAACUCGCAAGAACUCCGUGUUCCAACAAGGCAUGAAGAAUUGGGUGAUGAACUUCGGGCUGAUCUUUGAAACAGUCUUAGCUGCGUUCUUGUCUUACACCCCCGGUAUGGACAAGGGAUUGAAGAUGUAUCCCCUGAAGAUCAAUUGGUGGUUCCCUGGCAUUCCGUUUUCCAUCCUCAUCUUUGUAUUUGAUGAGCUCCGGAAGUGGAUCCUCAGGAAUAAUCCGGGCGGAUGGGUAGAACUUGAGACGUACUACUAAUCUGACUCAUUUUUUUUCAAUUGGUAGUCGCAAUAGACUCAAUAACUCUCUGGAAUAACUGAUACGAACUUGAUGAUCUCCCCGUACUACUUAACAUGAAUAAUCAAGAAUGAAUGUAAUGCAUCGUGCUAAAACACUAGCUUUAAGAAAUAUACAUAAUUCUCAUUGCAUCACAUACAAUUCAUCCAAACAAGGAUGGUCCAGUUGUAUUGUGGAAGAAUA